GCAGUGUUGUCUGGCUAAUGUUUAUGGAGGCCCAGCGAUUAUAUUACUGUAAUAAUCUUACUGUGAGCAACAUGCGGUGAUUCAGAACAUGCUGAGGCCCACCAGUUGACAUACCUUCAAGAUGUGGCAAUGUAGAAAGUGCGGCCGCCCUGUUUAUUUCGCAGAGAGAAAGCAGUCACUGGGGUUCGACUGGCACCCAAAUUGCUUGCGCUGUGAAGAAUGUGGCAAGCGGCUGAAUCCUGGCCAGCAUGCAGAGCACAAGGGAGUGCCAUAUUGCCAUCACCCUUGUUAUGGAGCACUGUUUGGCCCCCAACUCUUUGGUCAUGGUACUCGCAAUGAAUGUCACACAUCAUUUGGGAAGGUGGAGAACAGGGAUGGCCAGGUGAAGAGAUCUCACAUUGAAGCCAAGUUAAAGGCUUAUAACCAGUACUAUGAAGGUAAACCAGGAGAACUGAAGAGCAGAGAGGCCAAUGGGCGAAUGAUCUUGGAGGGUGUGUUGAAGAUAUACUGGGGAGUGCGUAAUGUCAUCCACCUUAAGGAAGAAGAUGAUCAGCGAACGAUUGCUGUCCGUAGACGGUCCACUACAAAUUCUGCGGCCUUUUACUCUGAUAGUGAGGAUGAGGAACAGACCCUUUGGCGCGAUGAUUGUCUAAAUGGUUGGCGAACUCCUCAGUCUCCGAGCUCUCCACAAACUCCUAAAUCAGCCACUGUAAUAAGAAACACGGUAUCCUGUAUAUUUCCUAGUGAGCAAGGGUUAAGGGAGAGAGACAGUGUUAAUCCUUUCAUCCCUGGAACAUCAGCCGAUGCAACACUUUCAAGAGAUGAUGGGACACCUGCCAGUAGUAGGAUUUUGGGUGGGACAGAGUUGAAGGAUCAGACACCUAAAGAAAAUUCAACUGAGUUGGAGGAUGAGGAUGAUGAUGAUGGAGAUAUGUGGAAGAAUACUGACUAUAAGACAUGUCGUAACAUGAAUGCCAUAUUAGAUGCAGAGUGUGGAAACUCCUCAAACCCAUCAAAUGGUAUGAUGCAUGUUACUAUGAGAGAGGACAGUUCACUUCACUCUGGGUUGCAGAGUGAUGUUAUCUCCCGUAACAAUGCCAAAAGCAAAAACUCCUCUCCAGAAGUUAUGCUCAACAACAAUUCUUCAUAUCCAAAUUAUGAAUCUGUUCUUGAUAAUGAAAACAGCAAUACACCUGUCCUAGAAAAUAAAGAAUCAGUGGAAAUUAAUACUAGCAUUGAUGAUCACACACCUUCAAGAAGGGUGGCUAUGAAGACAGGAAGUACAGCAAUUAGGAGGAGGCCAGGCAGACGGAUGGAUAAGACCAAGCUAAAGAGACGGUGCUCCAUCAAUGGCCACUUCUAUUUAAGAGAGACAAGCUCCUUCACCCCUCCCCAUGGGUCGCCAUGUAGUGUGUGGGUCACAUCCUUAGUUACAGCAGAGGAAGUUCUCAACAUGCUGUUGGAGAAGUACCGAGUGGAAAUGUCAACACGAAACUUCGCCCUGUUUGUGAUUAAAGACAAUGGAGAGAGACGAAGAAUUCGAGACGACGAAUAUCCCCUGAUAACACGUGUGAUGCUGGGACCUCAUGAAGAUGUGGCACGUGUAUUCAUUGUGGAUGCACAGCAAACAGAGGAGAUUUCUCCCCAGGUGGCACAGUUCCUUAACUUAAGCCUGGCCGAAUGUCGUGCCAUCCUUCGACAGUACGAGCAAGAAGAACUGCGGCAAAUUCUUGCUGUUAAGCAAAAGUAUGAAGACAUGGCAUUUUACAUCCAACGAAGAAUGAAGGAAUUGCGUGGUGUAUGAAUUUAGUAGAUCUGAUAAUGUCCCUGUAUAAUGUUGUAUUUGCAGUAUGCCAACAAAAGAUGAAAGUUUGUUUAGAGCAGAUUAUUGCACUUUAAUAGCAAAAAUUAUUUGGCUGCUGAUAAUAAUUAAGGACUUAGAAGCUCAGAUCUGCAACAGAGUAAAACUCUCACAUUUAAGGUAAGUAGUGAUUUGCCUUGAUAGACCAAGAGACUCUUUUUAUUUAUUUUUGUUGUUGUGUGUAUGUGUUUGUGUGCAUGUGUGUGCGUGCUCACCUGUAUGUGGUUGCAGGGGUCGAGUCUCAGCUCCUGGUCCCAUCUUCACUGGUCACUACUAGGUUCAUUGUCUCCUUGUGUGUGUGCAUGUAUGCAUGCCUGUGUGUGUGUGUGCGUGUGCAGGUGGAGAAGCUUCACACUUGAAUUUGUUUUACAAUCUGCAAGUGCAAUAAUAUCUUAAUUCUUCCAUGAUAUAUUGCAAUACACAGGUUUGUAGAGGGGUGUUAUGUAUCCAGAAGUUAGUUAUCAGUACCAUUGGGAUCAUUAUACUGCACAAGUAUGAAUCAGAAUUACAUUCCAAAGGCACUGUAUUCUUAUAUAGGUAUGGUGUACCCUCAUAAAGGCAUUUUAAUAAUAAAGUAACAUGUGCUACUAUCAACUUUGUAUUGCUCCAGUGUUAAUGGAGGUUUGGCCUGAGACAGCUCUUAAAAGUUUAGUAGCACUGGUGAAUGGCUACAAUAAUGUGUAAAUAACAUAGCUCAAAAAAUUUUCAAAACAUUAAAACUAAUUACUUAAAGAGCUAUCUGCAGCUUCAUAUAAUGUGAGGUUAACUUUUUAACAUAGGAACACGAGCUACUUCAGACUGUGGAUGCCACAACAUCUCGUGUUGUCUGAGACUUAGGUACUGAGGGACCUACUGGUUUGGAGCAUACACUGUGCUCCAAAUACAAGGUGUUUCACUCGUAGGAGGCUCCGAGUCGGUACUCCCAUAGUUGCAACCGUCUUGUUUGUAUAUUAUGUCUGUAGUAAAUGAUGACUCAGGACUUCCUACCUGUAGGACCCGAUUUAUCGUUUGCUGAAGACAUAAUACACAAACAAGAUGGUUGCAACUACGGAAAUACGAUCUUGGGGCCUUCUGUGUGUGAAAUACCCUGUAGUUUGUGUGUACAAUAAUGAAUUGAUAAUUAUGAUUGUUAUGAAUUUUAAUCACGCUCUUGGGGACUGAUGCUAAAGCCCUUGAUUUAUGAAUGAUGCUGAAGAAAAUAUUUAAAAAAUUAUAUGAUACAGUACAUCAGUCAUAAGUAUUGAUAAUAUAUUCCUUGUUUUGCAAGAGACUGUAGGCAUAAUUUUCAUCUUUUAAACACUAAGUUAAAGAAAUGCAGGCUUGAAGUAAUUUAUAGGAAUGCAAAGUUAAUAGUGCCUUUUUUUUUUUUUAAUUUUGUGCAAUGUAUGUAGUAUGUAGUUAUUCUAUGAAAGAAUUGUGGUGCUUUCUUAAAAAUUUAUGCAAAAAGGCUUCUUAGAUACUCGAAUGAGAUUAGCUAACACAGAAAAGCAAAGAAACAUUAGAUAUGUGGAAAUAACUAAAACUGAAGUGAGGUAUGUGUGCAUAUUACUUCUGUAGCCUGAAGUUACUGUGCCAAAGAAUUAACAGUGAAUACUUUAACACCACACUGUGUGUAAAAUUGUAUGUACUUUACCUGCAUGUAGAGUCAUGUCUGAAUUAUACACUAGCCAUGCUUGAUUUAUUUUCAGUUCAUCUUAUGGCUUAAUUGUGGUUUACCAUGCUGCUUAUCUACUUUAAAGGCCCUGUAGAGUAAAAGGUAUCAUUAAUAAUCACACAUAAUAACAUAAUCAUUCUUUCAUGAUAGUAGUUUUUCAAUGUUUCUAACUUAGUGAGGAUAUAAAGAAUAAAUAGGCAAAACACCGUGACUGGAACAGUACACAGAUAAACCUACACAUAGGAGAAUGAAACACAUGAUGAUGCUUCACUCUGACUUGGACCAUUAACUAGUCACACAGAAGCAUGAAGGGAAGGGAGUCAUUAUAUAUAUAUGAGAGGGGGGGGUGGGGCCAAGAGUAGUAGGAAGACAAGAGGUGGUAGCAGUUACAGUAGUACAGUGGACCCCCGCAUAACGAUUACCUCCGAAUGUGACCAAUUAUGUAAGUGUAUUUAUGUAAGUGCGUUUGUACGUGUAUGUUUGGGGGUCUGAAAUGGACUAAUCUACUUCACAAUAUUUCUUAUGGGAACAAAUUCGGUCAGUACUGGCACCUGAACAUACUUCUGGAGUGAAAAAAUAUCGUUAACCGGGGGUCCACUGUACCUUGGUACUCGAACUUAACUCAUUCCAGAAGGCUAAUCGAGUGCCGAUCUAUUCAAGUACCUAACUAGUUUUUCCCAUAAGGAAUAAUUAAUAACAAUUUUUCAUCUCUGUUGUGACUCUUAACCAAUUUUCUUUUUGGCUGGCUGUUAUCACUAACCCUCUUAGGCCCUAUGGUGACUUAUUUAUACAAAUAAUAUAAAAACACUAAAAAUGCGAAGAAACAUGAAAUAGUUUACAGCGAAGUUCAGCGGAGUUUUGCACUAAGUGACAGCUGCAGGGAGACAGACGCACAUAUUUGGUCAAGUGCCGAGCAAACAAUUGACUACCGAGCAAUUUUUUUUACCGGACAAAGUGUUUGAAUACUGAAUUGUUUGAGUUGGGAGCUGUUCGAGUACCAAGGUACUACUGUAUAGUAUAAUUGUAGAAGUAUUGGUAGAGGUAGUGGUGGUGGUAGUAGUAGUAGUAGUAUUAGUAGUAUAAGUACAUGUAUUGCAACAAUGCCACUAUGCCACUGUUACACUAUUUGUAUUACUACUGCUACUACUACCAGUACCUCUACUUCUAAAAUUAUACUACUACCUCUACUUGUCCUACUACUCCCAGCCCUGCUCCCCAUCUCAUAAAUAUAUAUAUUCUUGCUUCCUUCCCUUCAUGAGUGUAUGUGACUAGGUAAUGGGUCAAGUUGGACCAAAAUGUCAUAGGUUAAUAGUGAGGAUAUCAUAUUGACAUAGCCAAAAGUGGGUCCAUUUUUUCUUUUAAAUUGUGGAAAAUGCUAAACCAAUAAGGAUCAUAUAGUACCUGAGGAAUGAAAGGCCUUCAGGUUUGAUCCAAGGAAGGGAAGGUUAAGUCCAGUUCCCUGUAUCAAGUGUUCCUUCAUUAGCUUCAAGGCACCUUGAGGGGAAGAGUUAGUAUACUUUAUGCAUGACUUAGCAUAUUUUAAUUCAUACAUAAACCUUGGGUUUCAAACUAUUGCUCAAAUUGUUUUGUCAGAAUGGUCACUAAUAAACAAAUGUGGAUUUGUGAAAUUGUGGCAACAGCCAAUAAGAAGUGAUAAAAGCAACUUGAUAAGCAGGAACUUUUGUUUAUGGAGCUACACAGUGUUUCACUCAGCAUAGUGAGCUUUCUUGAGUGAAUUUAGGAAAUCAAAGAAAUGCUUAUAUAUAUAUAUAUAUGAGGUGUUGUGUAGUAAUAGAAAAUAAGUGCAGUCACGGCCAAAAUCUGGGUUAGUGAACAGGUAGUUUCCUUAAUGUUUUGUCUGUUUGUUGUAAUGUAAGUUAGGCUCAGAACCCCAAAACAAAGUAUGGUAACUUAAGCUUCACAUCUCCAAUCUUCCCCAUGCAUGCAUUUUACUCUAUUGUUUGAAUGUGGCGCUUAUUCUUUUCUGCUGGGCAACACCUCGUAUAUUCAGGAGGAGAAUAAUGCAUCAGGUGUAUUGUGUUGAAUUAUAAUGCAUAUUGUAACUCCCAGCAUCCUGCAAACAUACAAAACAUGGAAGGCUUUGAAGCACUUUAUUAAAAUAGCAAAAAACUGAGCGGGUGAUAGUUGACAGAUUUAUCUUAACUCUUAUAAUAAGGUAGUAUUUGGAACAAUUAGUCAUGGAUAAGCUAAAAACUUAUCAUAUUCUCUAAUAUACUUGACCAUUAAAGAUUGUACAGUAUUCAGUAAGCAUGUUACCUCUAUUCUUUGCUGAGUAAGAAAUUUGAUGUGCAAGAGAUUGAACAUGGUUGGUAGGAGCAGCAUCAUUUGAUACAGUAUAUAUUCCAGCAAGAGUCCUUGCUUAGCCUACAUGGUAGAGCAUCUAGGCUAAGCCAGGAUUUUUUUUUUUUUUUAACACGUCAGCUGCUUCCCACUGAGGCAGGGUGACCCAAAAAGAAAGAAAAAAACUUUCAUCAUCAUUCAACACUGUCUCCAUCACUCAUACAUAAUCACUGUCUUUGCAGAGGUGCUCAGAUACAACUGCCAGUAUCCUAAACACCUCCUUUAAAGUGCAGGUAUUGUACUUCCCAUUUCUAGGGCUCAGAUCCCUGAAUCCCUUCACUAAAUAUUACCCUGCUCACACUCCAACAGCUCGUCAGGUCUCAAAAACCAUUUGUCUCCAUUCACUCCUAUCUAACACACACACUUGCUGGAAGUCCAAGCCCCUCACCCAUAUAUAUAUAUAUAUAUAAAUAUAUAUGUGCACAAAAAUUUUCUGUAUUCUUAGUAGAAAACGGCCAAUGUGUUACAAAAAAAUAUUUCAGCACUUUAAUUUUCUUCUAAAGGCCAAGAUAUUGAAACAUACCAGUAGGUUUAUUAGUAGCCACUAUUAUAGUUAAUACUGUAAUGUAUUGUUAAAAAAAAUAAUUUAUUACUAUAAAAAGUGUGCUAAAUCUGUAUGGGUCAUGCAGCAAAAUAAAAAGUUCAAUCAUGCCAUAUUGUAAUAGUGCCAUUUAUUUUAGUUUGCAUCAUUUUGAGGUUUAUUACCCUUUCACAAUGUUUGCCAAGUCCUCUUAAUUAUUCCUUCCAGUUACCUUUAGCUUUCUGCAUAUAUUUGUUCCCAAUUUGCAUCUUUCCAUGUUGUUACCAUACCUGUUUGUAAUGACCUCCUUCCUUAGGCAACUUGUAUUGUAACAUACCCAAUCUUUAUUUCAAAAAAUAUAGUGACUACUUUACUUAAGCAGUAGUCAUACUAAGCAUGCUAAAUUCACUGGCGAGUGCUGUAAAACACAGGUAAUGUUCUGUAUGAUAAGACAUGUGCAAUACCUGGGUAUCUUAAUUGAGAGAUGUUUCACCUGCACUGUAAGUUUUAUCAAUGUAAUACUGAAGCAAGUGGAAGAAGUGGAGAGAUGCAGCAGUUCAACAUGUGGUUAAGUGGCAGAGCCUGUUGGUGGAGGAAGGUUAGGCCCAUAAGGUGGGCCAUGGAUAUAGCAAGAAGUUGUAUCAAGACCCUGUGGUGUUGCUUUCUCAGACAAUUAUCAUUAAAUCAGUGGUAUAAUACUAGCAAGUUGAUGACUAAGACUUGUUUACAACACCUGGAUACUCUUACUGAAAGGCAUUUCACCUUCACAUUAGGCCUUGUUGGUAAACCUAUCCAGGUUUGGCACCUGUUUUAUUCAUCAGCUUGUUGGUAUUGUCCCUUCAGUCUAAUGAUACGUAUGUGGCACAGUAAUGACAUUAAAUCUUGGUACAGAAAAUAUCUUCUACAAUUCCAUUACUAAUCUCUGGCCCAACUUAUGCCCCCCCCCCCCUAUGACCAUAUCUUCAACUGCUACAUCUCUAGUACUAGCUCCAGUAUAUAAGGAUCUAUCUUCAUGUCUGUGUAUUAUAGUAAGAAAGCCUGUUGCAUAGGUGAAACAUCUGUCAAUAAGGAUACUCGUGUAUUGCACACAUCUUACUCAUCAACUUGUCAGUAUUAUAACCUUACUCUUAUGAUACAGUACUGCAUAGUACUAUGAGAGUAAUAAGGAGAGUACCUGUAAUACUUGAUGGUGAUAUUGCUUCAGAAAAGCCAUGUAAUGAAUAUAGGAAAUAAAUUUUUAAUACAUAAGCAUUUAGUCAAAAAAAUAGAGCCAUGAAUUAAUGGGAAUAUUGUAACAUCUUACAGUAUUCAGACACAUUGGUUUUGAAUAUUCAAAAUCAACAUUGUGUUGAAAAAUUAUUUCACGUUUGAUUACGAUCACUUGUUUUAAAAUUAGGUUUUUUAAGAUGUGUUUAGAUGCAUUUUAAAAUGUUCAAAACCCAGAAAACUUUCUCUGUGAAGAGAAAUUAGGCUAAGGUAGAUACCUAAAUAAGUCAUUUCUUAAAUUAAUAAUAAAUAAAUGGUUCCUCUGACUUGUGUUUUGAGAGGAAAAUGAAUAAAAUGAAUUUAGGAAUUACUGUGAUACAGUGAAUUGUGAGUGUCAGUGCAGAAGAGGAUGUGCUAGCAUAGGAAAGGAUAGAUAAGAAUAGUGUUCACAACUAACCCACAGAUUGGAGAUGAAAAUAGAUGAAGCAGGUUGUCCUGAACCAUUAUCAAGGCAUCAGACUGUGAUUUGCCCUCUUUAAGAAGAGUAGGAUAGAGGAGAGAAUGAGUAAAGUGGGAGCAGGUACAAUAUUGAAUAUUGAAAGGUAUUCAGUGGAUCAUUGGAAUGAAAGUAUGUAUGUCUGCUUUUCUAACUGUGGCUAUUGUUGUUGACAACUAAAUACAACAGAGAGAGCCUUAACAAUUAAAAUUAUAUCACAACACAAAUACUGUAUUACAGAAAUGUACAAGAUGGCUUAGCAGGGAAAAAGCUUUAUGUGAUGAAAUGUUGCCUUGAUGUUUGACUGUUUUGCAUUUAUUAUGGGUCAUUGCUAAAUACACAUAUUUCAGUAAUAUUAAGAUGAAUAUUGUGUAAGAGAUUGAAGCUAUUAGAAUGAAUUUGUUGAAUUUUUCUGAAAUUAGUACUCAUUUCCUUGCUGCACUUAGUAUAUUAGGUGCUGCACAAAAAGAAAAAAAGAAAAAAAAGCACUUAAGGUAUAUAAUAAAGAUAGAUUUUUUUGAUAGAUUUUGUAAUCUGCAAAAACUCUCACUAGCUUUAGUAAUUCAUGUACUUUGUUUAGGACCAAAGAGAUCAAAGACUUGAUUAUGCAAAAAAUAUAGGGAAUGCAAUAAGCUCUGACCAUGAGUCUCAGACAGAUGCACUGCUGGAUGCAUAUAUCUAGUUAGUAAAAAUGUUAAUGUGAUUUGUUAAGUCUAUCCUCAUCUUACACUUUCCAUGGUGCCCCAUUAAGUUUCUUUUCUUUUGAUCUACUUAAUUAUUAUGUUUGGUACUUCCAAAUAUGACUGAUAUUUUCAUAUAUUGCCUUUUUUUCAAUGCAGAUGAAGGUCUACAUCAUAUUUGUAUGUAUCUAGAGCUGUCAAGUGUAACGUUUUCAGAUAUAUUGGAGGCAGCAUUAUUUAUGCAUCAUACCUUGAGGAUAGGCUAAAUGCAUACGAUUAAUAUCAUGUAUAUAAUCAUUUCAUAGUUUGGGCAUUGCAUUCCAGUAAGGGUUACAACUGUUAGAAAUAAGGCAGGAAAGUGUGACCAGUAAUACAGUGAUAAAUGCCAGUUGUAAGUAUGGUAAGGUUUCACAUAUCUGGGCCUUAGUGAUUACUGACCAGGUCUCAAAAGUCUGUCUUUCAGCCAGCUGUCAAGAAUGUGUUAAAUGUUUUGUUGUACUGUAAUGACAAGUCUUCACUCAUACUAAAAUUAUUAGUUUGUUGCAUGAUAGAGUAUAGAUUGAUAUGGUAGGUAGGCUUUUAGCAGUUUUUAUCAAAGUAUGGAACUGUAAUAUGUAAUUUAGCUAGAAUUUUGCAGUAAUGUACUGUAUUUUAAUUAUAUUCAUGGUAAAACACUAAACUUCGAGAUCAUGUGGUAGCUGGGGAAUAGGAAGUAAUCAGAUAUAAUUCAAAGGGGAUAGUACCUGUGCCAUAGGAGGUAAGCAGGUUAGAUUUAAAGAAAAGGAUAGUGCCUGUCCCAUAGGAGGUAUUCAGGUUUGAUUCAAAGAAGGGGAUAGUGCCUGUGCCAUAGGAAAUAAUCAGGUUUGAUUCAGAGAAGGGGAUAGUGCCUGUGGCAUUGGAGGUAAUCGGGUUUGAUUCAAAGGGCAUAGUUCCUGUAGUAUAGGAGGUAAAUGGAUUUGAUUCAAAGGGAAUAGUGCCUGUGGUAUAAGAGGUAAUUGGGUUUGAUCGAAGGAGUGGGUAAGCUUUAAUUCUUUGAUAAUUUCACCAUCAUCAAGUACCCCUUUCCUUUGAAGGGAUACGAAGUGCCAGACAUCAUACUACCUUAUGCUGGGAAGUGUGAUUCCACACUACAGACUUCACCAGACACUAGAAAAUUUGACCCCGUUCAUUUUUACGAGGGCAUUAUAAAUGUGCUAGGAACUUCAAAAAAGUUCUUAAAUAUUGGUAUGUUUUCCUUCCCUUACUUCACACUAGUGGCUUAUUGAAUUUAAACUUCCAAUAAUAUAACUGAUAGUCAUAUUAAUGCCUUAUUCAAUUAAGGAUACAAGUCAACAGUUGUGGGUUGCUCAAACACACUGGUACCUAUUUACUGUAACACAGCACAUGCAAGGUGAUUUGACCUGCCUGGAGAUCGAACCCAGGACCCUUUGGUUGUUUACCAGAUAAUCUAACCACAGCUCAGCCAAUUCUUUGUUAAAUACAUUUUCAAUAUUACAUAUAUAAUAUGUAAAUUUUAAUUAUUUUGCUAAUAAACUCCUCAAAAUAGUUAGCACGAAGCUCUUUGUUGUUUUCAAUGUUUAUUGCGUUCAAGUCAUGAUGUGCUGUUGUUUCUACAUAUAUGGCUGUGCACUUGUGCAAUAUAGAAGAAUGCAUGUUAAAUUGAUGUUCCCAUUUUGUCUUCCCUUUAACUCUGACAUUCCACCAGAACCUAUUGAUUUUGCUACAUUCUUGUAAAGCUCUACCUAUGCUUUGUGCUUUUUUCUAAUUAUGUUGCUUAACAUUUCUGUUUAUAUAAUUCCAUAAAUUUGAUUAUUUACUGCCUUUUAUAUUGCUUAUAUGAGCCUUAACUUUGGCAUAAAUAUAUUCGUGAUGUACUUCUGCAUGUUCAUUCCCAGUAUUUUUCCAUUAUUCAAUGGCUUUACUGGCCUUGGGAUGGACAAGAAGCCUGUGCUUGUUUAGUUUGUGGGCAAUACUACACCCCAAUGACAGUUCUUUUAUGCUACGUAUUUGUGCCUUAGGGCAGAGCUAAUUAGGGAGUCUAAUUCAGAUAUUAACAUUAUCUUUUAAUAUUACAGCAUGGCUUUUUGAAAAAUGAGCCUACUUUGGAAUAGUAUUACAUAAUAUCAUUUGUUAUGAAACACUUAUCAGUAAUUGAUGGUUUAUCUUAGAAGUGAUUAUGAUAGACUUCAUUAGUAAGGAAUUGGCACUUGGACAGUUCAUGUGUUAUACUUUUAUCUGCAAACACAGUAUGUGUCUUAAAAUCUUAUUCCAAGAUUUCAGGUAAAUAGGCUUUAUCUUGAUGUAUCCUGCAAGCAAACACAUUGUUGUAUAUUAAGAUCUCUUUAAUACCAGAAUAAUGUACCAAAUUGUUGGGUAAUAGUCAUUAAGAAAAGUGUUGUCAAUGAGUGUUUCAUGUGUGGAAACUGUUUAAAGAGUUUUGUGUAAUGAAGCAGUAUUUUGUGAAAUAUAUAUAUAUAUUCAAAUGUACUCUCAUACUAGAAAAUCACUGCCAAAACCUACAUUUUCAAAAUAGAAAAACUAAAAUGAAUAUGAUAUUUCACUUCUUACCCUGCGAUCCUCCAUAGUGCAGUUAAAUAUUUUCUCUGUGCUGAAGAGGUUCCCAGACCGGAUCAAAAUAUAGCUCAUUUCCUCUCUAUUUUUAUAAUGCGGGUUGUCGGAGUGAUGUCAUUGCAUCUUUAGUUUUAACUUAGAUAUCUUAGUGCUAUAUUUGAGUUAUAUGCAAGCAAACACUUUGUACUGUAGCUUAAUUUAACACUAUGUACCUUUUUUAAUUUAAUGCUGAAGAUUACAGUUGUAUUUUAAGAGUUUUUUUUGUAAGGAAACUGCAUUGUAUUCUACUUUAAAAAAAACUGCACAAACAAUUUCACAUUAAAUAAAAGUAGUAUUAUACUGUUAGCCUACAUGAAAGCAGACAAGAGCCCUAAAAAAUAACUUGUAGUGUAGUGUGAUAAUCCAUGUGUUGACUCAGAAGUGCCAUUUUUAUCUUACAUGGUGUUUAAAAAAUUAUCAAGUGUUUCACUGGUACUGUUUAAAGGCUGUUUGGAUGUAAAUCAUUUAAGAAGUAUAAUAAAUAUUUAUAUUGUAUCCACUCUUUUUGGGCAUUAACAGUAAUAGCUUUACUAUGAAACUUUAAAUGUUUAUAUUACCCCAGCUUGUCAUUUCAGUAAUGUCAAGACAUUUGUAAAGAUAUGAUACAAGUGGAGGCUAAUGAAAAAUGUUAAUGAUUCUCAUUGUUCAACAGCAGGGAUACACAACCUUUUCAUUGAACAAAUAUUAAUGACUGAAACCUAAGUACAGUUUGCAAACUGAGUGAAACAAAUGAAAGGUAUAGUAGACCACCACCUUUUGUGUGGGUUACAUUCUUGAAAUUGGAACUAUAUAUAAACAGAUUGGAGGGAAUUCUAAACUGUCGUAUCGGAGCGCCUCUGCAAAGACAGUGAUUGUGUGUGAGUGAGGUGAAAGUGUUGAAUGAUGAAAGUUUUUCUUUUUGGGUCACCCUGCUUGGUGGGAGACGGCUGAUUUGUUAAAAAAAAAAAAAAAGGAUUUUGUUCCUGAAACUUCAAAAAAAUCUAACAUGUAUUUUUAACUUAAUUUUGCAAAAAU